AUGGCGUUACAAAACCCCGAGUCAAACCAAAAGUCAGAAACCGAUAAUCAAGCGAUUGAAAGUCCUGAUGACGAUGUCCUCACGUACCCAGAAGGCGGCCUCAGAGCUUGGGGCGUCGUCUUUGGAUCUUUCUGCAUCAUGCUCUCUGUUUUUGGCGUGAUUAAUACUGCAGCUGUUUUUGAGUCGUAUUUUAUGGAGAAUCAACUGAAAGACAAGGAGCCUUCGACUGUGGCAUGGAUCUUUUCGCUGUAUCUUUUCAACAUUUAUUUCCUGGGCUUACUGGCGGGUCCUAUAUUUGAUCAGCAUGGGCAUCGACUGCUCAUCUUUGUGGGGAGUGUUUUGGUGGUUGUUAGUUUCAUGUUGUUGAGUUUGUGCUCAGAAUACUAUCAGAUAAUCCUCUGCUUCUCCAUGCUCUUCGGAAUAGGAGCAUCUCUCAUGAACAUUCCCGCCUACGCCGUAAUCGGACAUUGGUUCGACAAACGACGUGGCUUUGCAGUCGGCGUUGCUUCUACAGCUGGGGGCAUUGGCGGCAUCAUAUUCCCCCUGGUUUUUCAAGCUACCCUUCCGAGCAUUGGGUUCGCUUGGAGCAUGCGGAUGCUGGGCUUCAUUCUUCUCCUGCUUGCAGUACCGUCGAAUCUCUUGAUCAAGACCCGUCUGCCGCCCAGUGAGCAGUUUGAAUCCGCUUGGCCUGAGUUUAGGUUAUUCAAAGAUCCAAGACUAUCUCUCUGCUGCGCGGGGAUAUUCUUCAUGGAAUACGGCAUAAUGGUUCCUCUGACUUAUGUCGUCUCAUAUGCCACAGAACACGGACACGCAUCUACCAAUAGUUAUAUGCUUCCAGCACUUCUCAACGCCGGCAGUGUCGUUGGAAGAGUCGUUCCAGGAAUCAUCUCAGAUCGGAUCGGGAGAUUCAACGUCCUGAUCAUCACAGUCGGAGCAUGUAUCAUCUGUGUUCUUGCACUCUGGCUACCAGCAGGAGAUUCAAAAUCCAUGCUCAUAGCCUUCACUAUCCUCCUAGGCUUCGCAAGCGGUGGAAACGUCAGCUUGGUUCCUGUCUGUAUAGGCCAGCUCUGCGAUUCGAAAGAUUACGGACGGUAUCUAUCAACUGCUCUACUGGCGGCGAGCUUUGGGACCUUGACGGGAAUUCCUAUAGGGGGUGCUCUCCUCGGGCUCGAUAACGGAGAUGGAUGGUUGGCUGUCAUUAUCUUUUCUGGUGUUUCGUAUGCCGUGUCUUGGAGUUGUUAUGUUGCUGCUAGGGUAUUGGCUGUGGGAUGGACUGUGAAGGCCAUCUACUGA